ACUCUGACGGGUCACAUUAGCAAGAGGGGCCGGUCGGUCUGCGUGGACGCACAGAGCUCCCAUUACAACGACUUUUUUUUUUUUUUUCUCCCAUCGGGCUUUUCGUGUUCUUUGAUGGUUAGUUGACGAUCCAACGCAACAGUUAAGCGCCGUAGAGGAAUACAACGGGAUUUGUUCGGAAACAGAUCAAACAAAAGGGAAAGGCUGCUGCUAGUUCGCUUUGGUGGGCGAGCUGCUGAAAUCUUGCCAGCGGGGCAGAUCGGCUCUCAUCGCGGGGCUUGGACGACGUAGAAGCCGUGAAGGUGCGCUGGAGUGUGCGGAGGACAUGGAAAGCUGAUAGUUGUUGUUUUGAAAGUGCUUUGUGAUGCUGUGUCCUUUAAACAGGGGCGGAGCUACGUGGUGGCCAGAGGCCACUACUUGUCACUGACGUGAGCGUUUCAAUUACUGGAUCCUCAUUCUUUUCAGUUGUGUUUUAUUAACCGUUGCAGCCAUGGAUGCCAGCUGGAGGAACUGUUUUGAGGAGGAGCUUCUGUGUCCCAUCUGCCUGAAUGUGUUUGAGGAGCCAAUCCAGCUGCCAUGUAAGCACAACUUCUGCAAAAGCUGCAUCUCAGAGGCAUGGGCCAAAGACAACGGUGGAGUGGUACGCUGUCCCGAGUGCAACCACGAGUACGAGCACAAGCCGUUACUGGAGAAGAACUUCAAGCUGGCCAACAUCGUCAAGAGGUUCAACGUGUUGGACUCGGAGAAGUCCCCGACGGCGCUGCACUGCGUCCUGUGCAGACGAGGCCCACCGCUGCCUGUCAGGAAGGUGUGCCUGCGAUGCAAGGAGCCGUGUUGCCAGAUACACGUGCAUACGCACCUGCAGCAGCCGUGCGUGGCGCCGGGGCACCUUCUGGUUGACGCAGAGGAGCUGAGUGCCUGGACGUGUCCCAGCCAUGAUGAGUACAGGCUGCUCCACUGCGAGGAAGAGCAGGUGGCUCUGUGUCCUUUCUGCUGCAUCUCCCAUUGCAGCGCCCAAAGACACACUGUCUGCGACGUCGACACGCAGCACAUGCACAUGCAGGCCACACUAAUGAGGCAACAAGACAGAUUGGAGGGUCGUGUUCAGAACAUCGAUGAGCACAUUACCAGGCUGGAGUCCGACAAGACGCUGAUGAAGGAUGCCGUUUCAGACCUGAAGGAGCGAGUCCGGGACCAGUACCAGAGGAUGCACAGCUUGCUGGAAGCCAAACAGUGCGAAAGUAUUCAGAUGUUAGAGAGAACAUACCGAACAUACAGGAGGAGAAACUCCCAACAAGUUUUGCAGCUCAACGAGAGACGGCAGCAAGCGGAAAAACUCCUGAGCUCAGUGCAAGCCUUCUUUCAAAGAGCCGACAACAUCAACUUUAUGAAGAACACAAAACCUUACCAACUACUAAUUGACAGAUCCAAUUUGCAGCUGAGCAGUUCUGUCCCACUACUCCUCGUGGGCCAAAUUAGCGCUCAUCAUUUCUUCUCGGGCCUAUCAACAGAGGAGAAGAAUCUGCGCAAAAUACUAGAAGAACCCAUCCAAGACGCUUCUAUCCUUGAGGUAGUCCAGACACACUCAAGCUCUCUUGGCGCUCGCUCAGGACUCAAAAAGAGGAAAUAUGGCAUGGCUUUCUUGGAGAGUGCGACAGAAAACUCCACUUCCCAGCACCCCCCGCCUUUUCUCUACACCAACAAAAUGCCUCUCCUGACUGAACCCAGCCAGCGUGACUCAAAUAUGUUCUCCUCUGACGUUCUGGGCCAGAAUGCUCAUUCCAGUCAAGGCCACAGUCACUUCCUGGACACCUCAGACCAUCAUGUGAUGGGCCACCACUCGGGAGCCAUUUUCUCGUCGCACCUACGCGGAGGGGGCGUGUCCCAGCAGGCUGUGUAUGAAGGGAGGAAAGUCCUGAUGUGCUCUCGGCCUGCAACCGCUCGACCACUUUACCCGACGCACGACUCAUUCGCCCCUAUUAAUUCUCAGGAGUAUGGCCCCAUACCUGGCAGCCAGCCCUUGCAGCAUUUACCCAUGAGAGGACUGAUAGAAGCCUCACAGGCAUCCAGGGGCCCUGACUAUUUUGGCUUGUACAGUCAAUCUGCAAGCAAGCAUUAUGGGACCAAGUAACAAUAGGGUAGAAUCAUCAUCAAGAAUGUAAUGCUCUGUGAUUGGCUUGCGACCAGUUCAGGGCAUCCAUCUGCUGCCAUUCUCCCAGUCAGCUGGGAUAGGCUCCAGCUCACCCACGACCCCAAUGAUGAUAAAAAUGGUACCAAAAUGGCUGUACAGUAGGGAGUACUUUUGAUACAGUACAGUUGUAUUGGAUCUAAUUGUCCAAGUGUACCUAAUAAAGGGUCCCAUUAGUCAUGAUUACAUCAAUUUUAAAGCAAGAUUGGCACUUAUGAGACAUUAUUUUGAAAAAUCUCUUUGGGUCCUUUCAACAGCUGUAAUUUCUUUUACUGUCAACUCACCGUGACAUCAUAUUGUGGAUAAUACAGUUGGUUCGCAAAUCAAUGCAGUCAGUUGAGGGUAUGUUGUUUAUUUUAAAAGAAAAUCCACAGUGAACUGACCAGACAUCAGUGCCUAAGAAGACUAAUAAUAUGCUCUUAUUUUGUUGUGUGAUUUCCUGUUAGCUGCUGAAAGCAUGCAAGAAAGCUCUUAUGCACUCCAAAGUCGAUGUGGCUUGGAACAAAACACUGGAAGACGGAUGCUUGUGAGGAUUUUAAUACAUUUGUAAAGGUUACAAGAAACCAGAAUCAGUGGAAAUGCCAAAUAAACUUUUACUGUGGAGGGGAUUUUCUUCCUUA